AAUAAAAAGUAAAUCAUGAAAUCCCAAAAUCUUAUCGAUUCUUUACUGGACGAUAGUUGUAAAAUUAAAAAAAGUGGGCAAUUUUGCACGGAGAGAUCGAUUCUCGAAUUAUUUGCCAUUAUGAAGUUAACGCUGGUGGUUGUGGGUCUUUUGGCCGCGGCAACAUUGGUCAAAGCCGUUGAGGAUGUAAAGGAUGUGCCGGCCUUUGUAAGGACUUUGGAAAAUUUAUACCGAGGUCCUCCAGUCGAUUCACACAUCGAGAGCAGAGCUGUACAAACGGAAUGGAUUACCCAAAAAUUGGAUCAUUUCGAUGAGGCCGAGGAGCGUACCUGGCAAAUGCGUUACAUGUUCAACGAUGAAUAUUUCGAGGAGGGUGGUCCCAUGAUCUUCUAUUUGGGCGGUGAAUGGGAAAUCAAGGCUGGCAGUAUUUCUUCGGGUAUUCUUGUGGAUAUUGCCAAGGAGCACAAGGGUAUGCUCUUCUAUACCGAACAUCGUUUCUAUGGCCAGAGCAAACCAACUGCCAACAUUUUGCCCGAGAACCUUAAAUACCUACAUGUCAAACAGGCCUUAGCCGAUUUGGCCCAUUUCAUUGAACACAAACGUGAAACGGUUCCCGCUUUGGCCAAUGCCAAGGUAAUCAUGGCUGGUGGUUCCUAUUCGGCCACAAUGGUGGUGUGGUUCAAGAAACUCUAUCCCCACUUGUUGACUGGUGGUUGGGCUUCUUCGGCUCCAAUUUUGGCCAAGGUCGACUUCUUCGAAUACAAAGAAGUUGUGGGCAAGGCAUUGAGGGAAUUGGGUUCGGAACAGUGUUAUCAACGUGUUGAAAAUGGCGUAGCCGAACUGCAGGCCAUGAUCACCGGAAAACGUUCCGCGGAAGUUAAGGCCAUGCUGAAAUUGUGUAAUUCAUUCGAUCAUCACAAUGAUUUGGAUUUGUGGUCAUUAUUCGGUUCCAUUUCAAAUAUUUUCUCCGGCAUUGUGCAAUAUCAAUCUGAAGGAGAUGUCCCCUAUUAUUGUGACUAUCUCAUGUCAUUCGAUGAUGAUUUGACUGCCAUUUCCAAUUUCUUCUUGUGGUCGGUGGGUGUUACUUCAGGUUGUGCUGAUGUCAGUUACAAGAGUACCUUGGCCUAUUAUUUGGAUAGCACAUAUGCUAAUGGGGCUUCCCGUCCCUGGUAUUAUCAAACCUGCAAUGAAUACGGCUGGUAUCAAUCCUCCGGUUCGCCCAACCAACCCUUCGGCAGCAAAUUCCCCGUCACCCUAUACACGACAUUGUGUGCCGACAUCUUUGGCCAGAAAUACUCAAAUGAACACAUCCAUGAGCUGGUCGCUCAAACCAAUGAAGAUUUUGGCGGUUUGAAUCCCGAAGUUGAAAAUGUCUACAUGACUCACGGUGCCUUGGAUCCGUGGAGUGCCAUGGGUCAUGGUGAGGAAGAGGGUGCCUCUGUUAUUCCCAGAGCUUCUCAUUGUGCCGAUUUCGGUUCGAUUAGCAGUGGUGAUAGCGCUGAAAUGCGUGCAUCCAAGGAGAAGUUGCUCGAAUUGGUUCGAGAAUGGUUGAAAUAGAAAUUCUCAGAAAUUUCUAAAAAGAAUUCCAAUUUUUUUUUUUUACAACAACAAUAAAAUUAAAUUUUAACAA